AUGCUUCGCCAUUUUAGUAGGCAGCUGCUCGUUGGUUCCAAAGGUCGGUGUUUGAAUUUGAGCUUGGUGAAGUACAGCUGUUUCUCGCUCAGUUCUGUUGGGAUUUUGUGCAGUGCAAAGAUGGCGCAAGCAAAAGCACACACAACAAUUCUGGACUUCGAGGUAAAAGAUAUCGAUGGCAACCCUGUAAAAUUGUCCAAGUACGACGGCUUUGUGACGCUCAUCGUCAACGUAGCGUCUAAAUGAGGCUUCACAAAGAAGAACUAUGCUCAGCUACAGGAACUGCACCAAAGGUAAAUUUCACGUAACCUCUCCAUUGGAUCUUAGGUUUUAGAGUAGAGUUGUGUUUUAAAUUUGCCUUGCCCUAAAACAAGCGCUCUAAUGGAGCUGAUUUGCAAUUUUUCAAGGCUAUUGUUUAAAUCCAACGUACAUCUCCAGUAAAACUUGCUUGGUUCUUCGCCAUGGGCGCACAACAAAUAAAAAUUUUCAAUGCGUCAAGUUAUUGUGCUGUGCGCUCCUUUAUUGUUGUCGAUUACAUGUGAGCUGAACUGCUUUUUUUUCAGUUCAUUUUAUCACAAUGUAGUUUACUAAUUGUUUGGGGGAGUAGUUGGUGGACUUGCGCUGCUAAAUGGAUAAUAUUUGCCGAAGCAAGUGUAUGAUACAGGGCCAAUAUUGGCGUGGUAUUCUCCCAGGUAGCCCAAGCUUGAUAUAAUGCAAGUACAUCUGACCUGGUUUGUUCAAAGCUAGGUUAAGAUAACGCAGGGUUAGUGUGGAAUUUGAUGUCAGGUCUGAAAGCUUUAAAGAAAAUUCAGUUUAAAUUUUUUGGCUUGCAAUUUGAUUGUUGGAUGUUCCCAAAAAGAGCAGGAAAAGGCUUUGGAUGAAAGAAAUAAAGAAACCUGGAAUUAAAAUUUAACCGUGGAUUAGCGCUAAUCGGCCUUCCAUUAACUGGACUGUGGUACCUGAUAAAUAUCAGGCGUUGCAUAGUUUUAUAAACAAAUGUUGCAGCAGGAGUAUGAUGUGAAGUAACUAGAAUGAAAUACAUAAUGGUUCCAAACUUGAAUAUGAAAAAAACUCAGGCCACUGAAAUUUAGCAAAGGAAUCUAGGGUAGGGGGUGAAGAAUUCUCCAAUUCUAAUUCCCAAUCAUCAGCCUGAAUUUUUAUGGGGAAUUUGGCUGAAUUGCAAAACAAAAAAAUAUCUUGAAUUAAGAUAAUAGAUAAUUGAGCUUGAUGGGCAGUAUGUUUUCUGGUCAUUGGUGUGGUUUUUGGGUCAGUUUCUAGGGAAAUGCUCAGCUUAAACUCAUAGAUUUGCACCAUUGUGACAGUAGAUGAUACAGGGCUCAAAAUUGCGACCGAUACGGUCAUCAGUGUGACUAAAACUUUUAACUUGGUGACUAAAAAUUCGAGUUUAGGCACCACUUUGUUGACUGUGUUCCUCUAUUAAGUAAAAGAUUAAAGGUGAGAAACAAUUUCCUAAGUCUUGUUUCUACUUUUCUGCAAAAGGAAAUGCAAAUUAAGUCUGGUUAUCUUUAAGUUAAAACUUGAAAUUGCAUUAAAAUCAUUACUUCCGAGACAACAUUACAGCAGCUUUUAAAUGUUGAUCGCAGGUGCAGCAUUUUGUUGAAAGGCCGUUGAAUUUAAACGUGUUCUGUCGCAGAUUAUGUCGCAAGGAUCUGGCAUUCAAAGCACAAGCUAUCUUUCACCAUGUGCUCAAUCAAGUGAGACAAGUCUACACUGAAAGUCAUGAAUUAUUUAAGACAGGAGAAGAAUACACUGAGUGAUUUUUAUAAUUUGCUUCAGUCUAGAAAUUACCAGGAAGCAAGAUUGUUGUUAAUAUGCAAACAAGAAGUGUUUCAAAACCUUUAAAAAAAUGUUUGUUCAGAGUGUGAAUUGCAUGCAGCAACUACUGGAAGAUAUUUUUGCAACAUGUUUAGUUCCAGAAGCCAAACAACUAUGUCAAUUAAACGAGGCUCUAAUCUGAGUUUCUGUUCUUGAACUACCUGGCAACUGCAUUUUUGCAUUCGGUGACCAUUUUUUCUUUGAUAGUCGCCAAAAGGUGUUUUGGAAUUAUUUUAAUUUUGAUCCUUGUGAUAUCGUAUAAAGAUCAGGAAAAUCUGUAAAGAUUACUGUUCAGCUCAGAACUGAUUAUGUUACACUGUUGGAUUGGGUUAUAGUUGGGUAGCAAGUGAUCAAGAUUAACUUUUGGACCAGACACUUGCGGUUUAUCUUAUUAUAUUGUUAUAAUUAGUAAACCAGCAUGAAAGUUUACUUUUGAUUCACUGUUUAUUGUCUUCAAUCACUAGGAAACCUUGCUCUGACAUUCACCCCUUAUGCUCACUGCAGCUUAGCCCUUUAACUCCCAGGAUCUGAUUGUUAAUUCUCCCUGCUAGUUGCUACAUGUUUCCUUGUAAAUAAGUUAUGAGAAUUUGGUGUUAAAUCAACUUGAAGAUAACUUCUACCUGAUAAGUUUAUGCCAUGAUGGAUGCAUUAACCCUUCAACUCUCAAGAUCUAAUUGUUAAUUCUCCCCUCUAGCUGUUAUAUAUUUCCUUGUAAAUAAGUUAUGAGAAUUUUGUGUGAUAUUAAGACAACAACUUCUACCUAAUACAUUUGAGUACUCUCAGUCUGUGCUGGAUGGUGGAUAAAAUUUAAUAUUGUAGGGGGAAGUUACUUGUUAAUCACUUCUGGGAGUUAAAGGAUUUAUGUAGUUACAAUGUAUCCAUUACAGUCUACAUUUUUCAUCUUUUGUUUUGAAAUUAUGAUACCUUAUACAUGACCACAUCUUCAGGGGUUUCAAAACAAGCCAGUGACCACCAGGAGUUCUACUGGCUAUUUAAUAACAUGUCACCCAUUUCUGUGGUGAAAAUAAUUACCUUUUGGCCCUUAACCUUUUAACUUGUAAGAUUUGAUUUCAUUUAGUAAUUCUCUCUAAUUUCUGCUAUACUCUUCAUGUUAUGUUAGUUUGGAGAAUGUGGAAUCGGAUCAACCAAUAAUCCCCUAAUUGAUAUUUUUCUUUAUUCUCAUUACCUGUCUGCUUGAUAUUGUACUGAUGUGAAAGAAAAAAUUCUGUCUAGGUCACUAGUGGAACUUAAAGGGUAACGAACUUUUCACAGUCACCUACUUUUGCAGAGUCUGACAUCUAUUUUAAAACAUUUUAGAACCGCUGCAUCAUGCAAUGAAGGAGACCAAAUGUGAAACCAAGAAUUAAUUUCAACCAGUGUUAGGGUGUUGGCCCUCAAGUCCCUAAGAGUGACUAGCAUCUAAUUUCUCCUCACCAUAUCACCCCUGAUUAAAACGUAAAAGUCAUGAGAAUAGAAGAGAUGAUCACCAACAAAAGCAGCACUCGACUGUUAGACAAACUCUACUUGUCAGCCUCUUUGUAUGGUGAACAGUAUGGAGAAUAUGCAUACUGAUGUAAGGGUGUGAAAGUUUUAGGGUUGACCCUUUACACCCUUGCACAAGACUGCACAUUUUCCACACUGUUCUCUAUACAUUUUCUAAGGUGCUGACAAGGAGAAUUUGUUUAACAAUCAAGAGCCUCCUUAGUUUGUGAUCAUUUGCCUUAUUUUGUGACCUUAAUGUGUGAUUUUGUAGCAUUAAUGUUCGGAGAAAUUAGAUGCUAGUCAUUCCUAGUUUAACAGAAUGUAACCUGGUCUGUUGUCAGAGGUGUGUGAACAAACUAGUCUUUUUCUUUUUUUGAAGUUAUGCUGAGAAAGGUCUUCGCAUUCUUGCUUUCCCUUGCAAUCAGUUUGGAGGACAAGAGCCUGGUACAGAGAGGGAAAUCAAGGAGUUUGUGAGUACUUAUGGUGUGGAGUUUGACAUGUUUGGCAAGAUUGAUGUCAAUGGAUCAAAUGCAGAUCCACUGUAUGUCUUCCUGAAAAAUGCCAAACAUGGAACACUGACAAACAACAUCAAAUGGAACUUUACAAAGUUUCUGUGUGAUAGGCAUGGGGUCCCUGUCAAAAGAUAUUCUCCAACCACCUCACCUCUUGACAUUGUGAAGGACAUUGAAAAGGAGCUUCUUAAAGAAUAACAUACAAUCCUAUCCUGUAAUAGUUGUGUCAACUGAGUUUGUGCAGUGCAACCUAUUGCACUUUUCAAUAAUAUGGUGCCCCUUUUUCUUCAACAAAGAGACUAUCUGACAGCAGGAGAAGAAAACCAAAAAUGCAAAUGGUACACAUUUCAAUUACCUACCAGAACAUGGCUGCUUUUUUUAAAGUCAGCAACGAUGCAUCUUGAGGGUAAUUCCUAGUUUGCAUGUUAUUAAGAAUUGCACAAUUUUUUUUUAAACUUUUCUUUUAUAAAUUAUUCAAUUUUUACGUAACUUUCAAAUGAUGUGUAGUUGUGAGAAGUACGAAUUUUAUUUGGUAUUGAAUCAAAUGAUAAUCUACUAAUUGGAAUUUUUCUAUAUUCUCAUCACUUGUCUACUUGAGAUUGUAUUUAUAUUGUAAGGAGAAAUUCUGUCUUGAUCACCACCAGGAGUGAAAGGGUUAAGAAGGCAUGCUCCUGAAAUUUAAUUGAAGGAUGUCUAUCCAUUUUCAUGUUUUGUUUUGUUUUCUUCUCCUGCUAUCAGAUGGCGUUUUUGUUAUUUGAUACAUGCAGGUUAUCAUUUUCAGUAUUUAAAUUGUCUUGAACAGAGGACACUUUUGAUGUAAAGGUUAUGUUUAACAAAUUGGCAGACUACUUUGAAAACUAGAAUGAAGGAAACGUUGGUUGUGUGAUUAACUUAUUAUUUUAUAACAGCACCAUACAUUUGUUGCCAAAGUUUUCUUUUCAUUGUUUAAACUCAACUGAUGACAGUCUGUUCGUAAAUUCUCUUAUCGAGUUUGAGCAGAAUUGAAGAUUGCAAGUAUGUGCAGAUUGCUUGCAAGUUGAGGGCUACUUUGACAAGAAUACAGGUCGAAAUGUAUACACGUGUGCAGUUGAACCCUAUUUAUGAGAGAGAAUGAAAGGGCUGCUGUUGGAGAAUAUUUAAUCAAAUAAAAGAGACUACAAAUCAUGCUUCUGGAG